AAUAUCGCUCAGCUUCGGAGUUAUCCCGUCUUCCAUUCUCUGCUUCAUCUCUACGGGGUAGUCUGCUGGACAAAAGAGGUUUAAGCGAAUAGGAGUUGUGGCUGGACGACAGUGAUUCGCACAGGAGAGAGAGAUCUCAGAGAAGAAGCAGCUACAGUAGCGUUGCCUGUUCCCAGAGGUUGAUUACGUCCAGGACUUAUAGCCCAGUGACUUGUGGCAUCAUCUCCAUCAUCAAAUCCUGCAUUCCCCUCACCUGCUAACUGACCGUUUGGCUUUCUUCGUCCCCCCCCAUCAUCACUCCUACUUCCACACUCGCUCCUUGUCUCGGUUCUGCUUCCACGUUCCCUUCCUCUUGUCCCCCUUUCUACAAACAUACAGCUUUAAGAGUAGAAAGCUGGUAUCUUCAACAUGUCGAGAGACUUUGCGUCCAGUUUGCCUGCGAUUGACCCUGAUUUCCUCCCAGAUUGGAUCUACGAAUCCGGUCCCGACCUGCCUCUUAGCGUGCAAGACAUUCGGAGACUCUACCCUUCUGCUUCAUCUUCGACAUCGACCCCUACGUCUACAUCAUUCCCUGACGAUGUCCAUUCUGUCUCUUUUCCUGAAUCUGUAUCUUCACAUUCAUUGCGAGCGCCUUCGCCGGGCUUACAAAGUAUCUGGGAUGACUCCGAUGACGACUCCGAUGCCGAUGAUGAGCGGGACGAUAACGAGGGGAUCGAUAUUGCGGUACAUGGCGAUCAUGAAUACGAUUCUCGGUUCGACUCCGAUAGUGACGGUGAUAGCUCGAGCACACUGAAUGACUUACCGAUGCAAACCAUACAAUCUAUCCCCUCUAUCCCUUCCCUCCCUUCAACUCGUGCUCAUUCUGCAUCUCCGUCAACGUCUCCCCUGCCUCGAACCAUUCGCUCAACAUCGACCUCACCUCAUCCGAGGUCGCUUCCUUCACCUCCCCAAACUACCCGUACUUCCCCUACACCCUCCGCCUCUAUUUGUAGAUCAACAUCAGCAUCAAUAUCGACACCUUCUAAACCCUCAACCCCUUCUCCUUCUCCUUCCCCGUCACCAUCACCAUCACCAUCUCAUCGACAUCCACCGCACCUCAUCUCGAUUUACACCUACUCACUGGCAAGUCCAAGCACCUCAUCCCUUUCUCCCUCCCUGACAUCCAACAUCACCUCCGCUCUUACCUCCGCUCUCGACUCGGUUGAUGAACAACUACUUUCGGCUCCCCUGGCUGUGUUUGCUAACAUGUGUUAUAAGGCUGCGAUUAGGAGGGAAAGUAAGGGGAUCGUUUCGAGGAGUUCUGGCGAGUUGGAUAGGGUUAGUGAAGUAGACGAGGAAGAUGAGGAUGAGGAUGAGGAUCUCUAUGAAAUUCCAUCUGCGCAUGCGAUUGGUGCGCGGGUUGAGCGGGUUGAGCGGAAUAGUAUUAGUAGGAGGGAGCAAGAAGGCGAAGAAGAUGCUAGUGAGGAGAGUGAGGAUGAGGAUGAACCUGAACUCGUAUCACCUGUGCAGGUCGCUGCUGGUUCUCCUCCCGUAUGGGUUGGCCUUAGCAAACAGGGACACCAACCACACGAAGCGAUUUCUGUACUGUCUCUGUCUCCGAUGGCGUAUGGUCCAGACGAGACUAAACAUCUUCGUUUCUCACCGGAUUCUGCUGCUGCUGCAGAAGUCAUCAGUCUCUUCCUUCAGACGCCUUACUCUGCUGGACACAAAGAUUCCAUAGGAGGGUUCCCUGUCCGUGAACAUCAGCAUCAACAUCAGCAUCAUAAUCAGCAUCAUCAUAGGAGGGAGUUAAGUGAACGAGGGCCGGGGAGUACCGUCAAGGGCUUGCUCAGGGGUUUGCAAAUGGGGUGGAGGGAGCGGAUACAGGGAUGAAUGUUUUGGGCGUGUUGCAUUGUAUACGCUUGACGUUCCUUCCUCCCGCACGUCUCUGAUCGAACCGCAAUAUGCAUCUUUGCUUCGUGGGUCGUGAGCAGCCUUUCAUUACCCAUCCAUUACCCCACACAUACUUCCCACCAGGCACGCAGCACUAUCCACCCUCCACAUCAUUGCUCUUGUAUCGCUGCGCUAAGGACUAAAGAUGCUCAUAGCCACUGUUGUUGUACUGUUGUACUCGAGAUGUCCGAUCUCUAUCUCUAUCUCUCCAUCUCUAAGCAUGUCUCGCUACUCAUGAUCUGUCUCCCUAUCUUUCUUUCCUAACCUCUCUCAUUCCUCUCUGACUCCUUUCUCCCUUCCUCUCGCGUCUUUCGUUCGACUUCAACCUACCUCCUGCCCUGACUGUUGUGUUGUACUCUUGCUUCGUCCAGACUCCACUUUGGAUUUGAUUGAUUCAGACUGAUUUUGCUUUGCUGCACUGAAAACUAGAUGUAUAAUUGUUUUAGUCGUAAACGUACAUUCGAUUUUUUUUUGGCGUUUGGCCCUCUGUGAGGAUCGCCGUCAUCCUUACCGUAUAUGAUUCUCUUGUUACUUGUUGGAUAUUAGACUAUCAUCUGUGUAAUGCAUGUUGAAUUUUGCUCC